AUGCAGAAGAUAAGCUUCUUCCUGUUGCUCAUCUCUUUAUCAACCUGCUUUGCCCAACAUUGGUCAUAUGGCUUCCAACCUGGUGGGAAGAGAAAUGUGGAAAACCUAAGAGACUCCUUCCAAGAGAUUGAAACCGAGAUGGACAAAGCUGGGGAACUGCAGCUCUUCGAAUGCCGUGUGCCACGCCAGCAUUUCACACUCAGAGGACUGAAAGGUGUUCUUACAGGCAAGUCUAAUUGAAGGCGAAAAGGGGCAAAAGAUGAUCCAAAGCGACG